CCGCGAUGGCCAGCACCCGGAGUAUCGAGCUGGAGCACUUCGAGGAGCGGGACAAAAGGCCGCGGCCGGGGUCGCGCCGCGGGGCGCCCAGCUCCUCCGGGGGCAGCAGCAGCUCGGGCCCCAAGGGCAACGGGCUCAUCCCCAGCCCGGCGCACAGCGCGCACUGCAGCUUCUACCGCACGCGCACCCUGCAGGCGCUCAGCUCCGAGAAGAAGGCCAAGAAGGCGCGCUUCUACCGCAACGGGGACCGCUACUUCAAGGGCCUGCUCUUCGCCAUCUCCGGGGACCGCUUCCGCUCCUUCGACGCGCUGCUCGCCGAGCUCACCCGCUCGCUCUCCGACAACGUCAACCUGCCCCAGGGCGUCCGCACCAUCUACACCAUCGACGGCAGCCGCAAGGUCACCAGCCUGGACGAGCUGCUGGAAGGUGAGAGUUACGUGUGUGCAUCCAAUGAGCCAUUUCGUAAAGUUGAUUACACCAAAAAUAUUAAUCCGAACUGGUCGGUAAACAUCAAGAGUGGCCCCCCCAGGGCCUUGGCGGCUGCCUCAGUGAAAAGUGAAGUGAAGGAAAGUAAAGACUUCAUCAAACCCAAACUAGUAACUGUCAUCCGGAGUGGAGUGAAGCCCAGAAAAGCUGUGAGGAUCCUUCUGAAUAAAAAGACUGCUCAUUCCUUUGAGCAGGUCUUAACCGACAUCACCGAAGCCAUUAAACUAGACUCAGGCGUGGUCAAGAGGCUGUGCACACUAGAUGGCAAACAGGUUACUUGUUUGCAAGAUUUCUUUGGUGAUGAUGACGUUUUCAUUGCUUGUGGACCUGAGAAAUUCCGUUACGCCCAAGAUGACUUUGUCCUGGACCACAGUGAGUGCCGUGUCCUGAAGUCCUCUUAUUCUCGAUCCUCAGCUGUUAAAUAUUCUGGAUCCAAAAGUCCUGGGCCCUCUCGCCGCAGCAAGUCUCCGGCUUCAGUUAAUGGAACUCCCAGCAGCCAACUCUCUACACCUAAGUCCACGAAAUCCUCCAGCUCUUCUCCAACCAGCCCAGGAAGUUUCAGAGGGUCAAAGACUUCCACGCAUGGCAGAUCUUCUUCCAAUGUGAAUGGUGGACUAGAACUUGAUCGCUGCAUGAGUCCUGAAGGUGUGAAUGGGAACAGGUGCUCCGAAUCCUCAACUCUUCUGGAGAAAUACAGAAUUGGGAAAGUCAUUGGAGAUGGCAAUUUUGCAGUUGUCAAAGAGUGCAUGGACCGGUCCACUGGAAAAGAGUUUGCACUGAAGAUCAUAGACAAAGCCAAAUGCUGCGGAAAGGAGCACUUGAUUGAGAAUGAGGUGUCCAUCCUGCGCCGGGUGAAGCACCCCAACAUCAUCAUGCUGGUGGAGGAGAUGGAGACGGCGAGCGAGCUCUUCCUGGUGAUGGAACUGGUCAAGGGCGGAGACCUCUUUGAUGCCAUCACUUCUUCCACCAAGUACACCGAGAGAGACGGCAGCGCCAUGGUGUACAACCUGGCCAGCGCCCUCAGGUACCUGCACGGCCUCAGCAUCGUGCACCGGGACAUCAAGCCGGAGAACCUCUUGGUGUGUGAAUACCCGGAUGGGACCAAGUCCCUGAAGCUGGGUGACUUCGGGCUGGCCACCGUCGUGGAAGGCCCCUUGUACACCGUCUGCGGCACGCCCACCUAUGUGGCCCCCGAAAUCAUCGCUGAAACCGGCUACGGCCUGAAGGUGGACGUGUGGGCGGCGGGCGUGAUCACGUACAUCCUCCUGUGUGGAUUUCCGCCGUUCCGCAGUGAGAGCAAUCUCCAGGAAGACCUGUUCGAGCAGAUUCUGGCCGGGAAGCUUGAGUUUCCAGCCCCCUACUGGGAUAACAUCACUGACUCUGCCAAGGAGCUGAUCACUCACAUGCUGCAGGUAGAUGUGGAUGCGCGGUGCACGGCGGGGCAGAUCCUCAGCCACCCCUGGGUGUCAGAUGACGUCUCCCAGGAGAGUAACAUGCAGGCUGAGGUGACAGGUAAACUAAAACAGCACUUUAAUAAUGCGCUCCCCAAACAGAACAGCACCACCACCGGGGUGUCCGUGAUCAUGAACACGGCUCUAGAUAAGGAGGGCCAGAUCUUCUGCAGCAAGCUUGGCCCCGACGGCAGCCGACCGGCCACCGCCACACCCGCGGAACAGAUCUCACCAGCCCCCGCCUCGGCCGAGGAGCCCCCCGCAGCCCUUUGGGGGCCCCCCACACCUCCUGGUCCUCCUGCAGCCCCCGGCUGCCCAUCUCGGGCAGGGACUUGGCGCCGCCACCGAGACUGACCCAUGCAGAAGGCGCCACGCGGGGAAGGCCACGGCGGCAGCUUCUCCCUCAGCUGGCACCGCUUGCUGGGCUCCCUGAGGCCACAUCAGCGUGACGCGUGUCACAGCACCCGUGUCCAGCCGGAGGGCGUGUCUCUGCGUUACCCAGACAACACAGCUCUUUUCCUGACUGUCACGGCCACGUCCGAUGAUCCAGGCUCCCCGGCCUCACAGUGGACGCGUGUCUGCCUCUGUCCCUUCGUGAAUGUCCCUGUGCCAGGUGGCAUGCCACCUUCCCCUGCAGGGGACCACCAGCGGGGCCUGGGGUCCUGCAGGACACGAGCACCCCAGGGGGUCAGUGGCUCCUGGCCAUGGGUUGCAGACUUUUGAGAGGUGCUUGCAGCGGCUCGGUCGUCGGCUCGGGUGCUGGGCUCACCGACUUUGGCGGGGUAUUUAUUUGUACACGGGCCACAGAGGCCACUGCUUCCCGAGCCGCGUGAGGCAGCCCCAUGCCACUGGGCCCCGUCCAGCCCUGCUUUUCCUCGAGGAGCAGGCCAGGGACCCGCCGAGGUCCUGCGGGGACGGGCGGGCGGGAGGUGCUGCUCAGACACCCUGUGACCUUCUGGAAGGCUGCUGGCAGUUUUUCCUUUUCUGCAUCGCCCAAUCCUUUUUAAUAAUUGUACAUAAGCCUCGUCUUGGCGGCACCUGCUCAUCUUCGAAGCCGGUGAGCCCUCCUGUAGUUGCUUUUCGUUGUUAGAUUUUUUGCCUUCUACAAGUGUCCCCCGCCCCUCCUGCAAUAAAACUUUCCCU